AAAAAGAAGAGUGCGCGAUAAAACCAACAUGGAACAGAUGGAAAACUAUGUUACGGCCACGGGCAGCAAUAGCAAACGCAUUUUCGAUGAGGAUUCGGUUAGCAAGGUCACCUCGGAUGGGGAACCCCUAUUGACCAUGGUUGCUGGUCUCUCUGGACUAUUAACUGGCAUUAUAAUUCUGGCAGUGCUUGUAUCCAUGGUCGCCUGUCGCAAUCACAAAAAUAAACGCCGGCAAAGUGGAACAGCUGGAGCUGCAACACCAACACCACCAGCUACAAUCACUGAUUUGACCAUGACGAGUCCACCAGUGGCCGGCAGAGGCAAUCUAAAUGCCGCCUUUGCCGAGAGCACAUUAUCCUUACGCGUUCAGGAUAAUGAUAAGGAUAAAGAAUGGCCCUCAGCUGUGGUGGUUAUCGAAAGGGAAAGGUAUUAAUAUGCAACGUGAUUUUAUUGAAAAACAAAAAUUAUAAGACUGAGAUGGCAUUGGCUGUCGUUAUUAUUAUUAUACAAAUAUCUACAAUUAUGUAUAUAUGUAUAUUUAUACAUUGUUUUGUUAUCGUUGUCUAGUAUAAAUAGUUGCAACAAACAUGUAAACAUUAUUAUUAACUAUAAAAUAAAACUACAUUGCACACACCUAUUGAUAUUAA